UUUGUUUUGUGGUAAGAUAAGGUUUUGGGGAAUCCGACAUGAAGUUCACGAAACUGAAGAAGCUCUUCUGUUCCUCGAAGAAGGUCGACAGCGCCAACAGUCCGGAAAAUUCUGCGAGCGAAUCCGAAUCCGAUAAAAGGAAACGGAGAUCCAAUCCUAAAGAGGAGACACGGAGCCCUAAUUGGAUAUUUGGCUUUGCCGCAGGUUUAAAAGAGUUCACGAAGAAGCACUGGAAACGAGCUUUUUCGUCUGAUCAAGUCCACUCUUCAGUUCCCUUAGGAUCUUACUUGUCGUCUUCCCUGGGUAGUUCGAAUCGGAUCAAGACGAGGUCCCUCCGAGUGACGCUGGAAACUUGCUUCAGCUUUAGGAAUAAUGAAGCAACUCCCGUGGCACUGUCUCAUGACUUGCCGGGGUUGAAUACUCGUCAGGACUCUGAUAAAUCCAAGGUAUCACCACCUUGCGACUCUGGCAAACCAGAGAAUCAAAUGGAGCUAGAGCCCCCUCAUUUUCAAGCCUUACCUCACAAGACCAGUGCUCCAAGUAAAAGCUAUUCCCGUGACAAUAAGAGUUUCUCUCAAGAGUUGAACGCGGAAGGUGUAAGGCCUUUUCCAUUAAGGAAGCCUGAUAGGUCAAACAGCUGGGAGGAAGUAUUGAAUCUAAUCAAGGCCACAUUUGAUAAAGCAAAGGAAGAAGUGAAUGUCGACCUUAAACAAUUUUCUGAGGACCUGGUUAGAAUUUCCAAGGACAAUGCGAAAAAUCAUCAUGAGUUGAAGGUUAUAAUUGGAAACUUGAUGAUUUUGACGCUGAAAUGUACCAAAACUACUUCAGGAGAGUUCUGGGUUCAGUGUGAGGAGAUAUUUCAAGAGUUAGAUGUCAAAUGGCAUGAGCUUCCCCCGGGUGUUCCCAAGCAGCUUCACACUCGAUUGCUGUUUAUUCUUAUGAGAUGUACUAGACUACUUCAGUUUCAGUUUCUUAAGGAAAGUUGGGGACAGGAGGAAGAGUUCGCACAACGUAGCCAGUCAGGACCUCUCUCUUGUCCAUACUAUGAAACUUCUCUAGUAGUAUCAAAAGAGCAGAAUGAUAACCAAGUUAAGGUGGUUGAAAAUCGAGUAGCUUCCACUGAUGAUAUGUCAAUUAUUAAUGACAAAAAAUCAAUUAUUUGUCGUAUAUGCGAGGAGGAUGUUCCUACCACCCACGUGGAAGAUCACUCUAAAAUAUGUGAAUUGUCGGAUAGAUAUGGCACCAAGGGUGUGAGUGUUGACGCGCGGCUGGAGGAAGUUGCUUCAACUCUUGACAUUAUCAUGGAGAACAUUAGUCUUACAGCGGUAGAAAGCCCUAUGGAAAUAUCCCCUAGACCCGAUCCAUUUGAAUCAUUACUAGGAAGCAAGGUUACAUUCCAUGACCGGGAUGAUAUUCCACUGAUGAUUGCACUUGCUAACAUUGCAAGACGAGCAGCAAAUGCCAUAUCACAUGAUGAUCAAUCCAUGAAGGUCUUACUUUCUUGUCUUUAUUACUUGAGGCUUACCAUAGACAGCAGAAACUUUGAUGCGCUGACAGUAGAAACUUUUGGAAUACGCAUAGAAAAGUUGAUACGGGAUAAGUAUCUUCAGCUGAACGAGAUUCUGGAUGAUGAAAAAGUUGACCUAUCAAGCACCGUAAUUGAUGAAGAUGUUCUAUUGGCAGAUGAAGUUGAUCAACGCAGUUUGAGGACCAGAUCAGUACGUAUGCGGGACCGCAUAUCCAUAGAUGAUUUUGAGGAGAUAAAAGAAAUUAGUAGGGGAGCUUAUGGGAGAGUUCUUUUGGCUAAAAAGAGAACAACAGGAGACAUAUUUGCAAUUAAGGUUGUGAAGAAGGCAGAUAUGAUCCGCAAGAAUGCUGUUGAACGUAUACAUGCUGAACUAGAUAUUUUAAGCAACGUCCGCAACCCCUUUGUAGUUCGAUUCUUCUAUUCUUUUACUUGUCGCGAAAACCUUUAUCUUGUGAUGGAGUACGUGAAUGGGGGUGAUUUUUUUUCAAUGUUGAAAUGUAUCGGUUGUUUGGAUGAAACUGAUGCCCGUGUAUACAUUGCCGAAGUUGUCCUAGCUUUGGAAUAUUUACACUCUGAGGGUAUUGUGCAUCGUGAUUUGAAACCUGACAAUUUAUUGAUGGCACAUGAUGGUCAUGUUAAGUUGACAGAUUUUGGGCUCUCCGAAGUUGGUCUCAUCGACAGCACCGGUGAUCUCUCUGGUCCAAAAUUCUCAACAUCGGAGCAUAACUUUGAAAGGCGAGAUAGGCCGUCUGCGGUUGGCACUCCUGACUACAUGGCUCCAGAAAUCCUUUUGGGGAAAGGACAUGGUGCAACUGCGGAUUGGUGGUCUGUUGGCAUCAUUUUGUUCGAAUUUAUUGUGGGUAUUCCGCCCUUCAAUGCUGAUAAUCCUGAGCAAAUAUUUGACAAUAUUAUCAACCGGAAAAUAACAUGGCCUAGUGUUCCAGAGGAGAUGAGCUAUGAAGCCCGUGAUUUGAUAGAUCGGUUAUUAACGGAAGAUCCUCAUCAGAGGCUUGGAGCUAGAGGGGCGGCUGAGGUCAAGCAGCACAUCUUCUUUAAAGACAUAAACUGGGACACUCUACCAGAGCAGAAGGCUGUAUAUGUGCCGGAUACAGUAGAUGCUCUUGACACAAGUUACUUCCAAAGUCGCUACGCUUCGGAUAAGCGAUCUUCUCCAACCAGUGAGAAUGGAAAUUCCUGUGAAAGUGGCAGCAGUGGUUGCCACAGCAAUGAUCACAACGAUGGGGUUGAUGAAUGCGGCGGAUCUGCGGGGUUGGAAACAAAUAUUUCUGAAAGUAACCCAUUCGAUAACUUCUCCUACAAGAACCUCAGUCAGCUGGCAUGUAUCAAUUAUGAUUUGGUGUCCAAAGUUCAGAAAAAUGGAACAGCAACAAGUGUGUAUCCAAGACAACAAACAAAUUAAUGUACAUUUAUUUUCGAGGCUUUGGCAUUCCUACCUCCAGAGAGAGGGUUGUGAAAUGCGUACU